AUGGUGGACGAGGAGAAGAAUGCAAAGCGGACUCUUCAAAACUCCUCCUUCAUAACAUUUUGCAACACUGAAUUGUGGGUCUCUUCCCCCUUUGUGUGUCCACAGAGGAAGAACAUCCACAUCAACGACAAUGUCUUGCAAGCAGCAUUCGAAUCCGGCGUCCAGAAAGCUGUUUCCUGCUUAUCCACCUGCAUAUUUCCAGACAAGACCACCUACCCUAUAGAUGAGACCAUGAUUCACAACGGCCCUCCGCAUAGCUCCAACUUUGGGUACGCGUACGCCAAAAGAAUGAUCGAUGUGCAGAACAGGGCAUACUUCGAACAGCACGGCUGCCACUUCACGGCUGCCAUCCCCACGAACAUCUUCGGGCCCUACGACAACUUCAGCAUCGAGAACGGACAUGUCCUGCCAGGCCUGAUCCACAAAGUGUACCUGGCCAAGAAAAACGGCACCAAUGUCACCGUCUGGGGCACAGGAAAACCUCGGAGGCAGUUCAUUUACUCUCUGGACCUGGCUCGGCUGUUUGUUUGGGUGUUAAGGGAGUACAAUGAAAUAGAACCCAUCAUCUUGUCAGUGGGAGAAGAAGAAGAGGUGUCCAUACGAGAAGCCGCUGAAUGCAUCGCGAAAGCCAUGGACUUCAAGGGACAACUUCUGUUUGACGAAUCCAAAUCAGAUGGUCAGUUCAAGAAAACAGCCAGCAACGCCAAGCUGAGGAAAUAUCUGCCUGACUUCCAGUUCACACCGUUCGAUCAAGGCGGGUUUUCAGGAAACCAACCAAAAUUGUACAUCAGUGAUUCCCCUCCACGGCAGCGUAGGAAUGCUAGCUGA